CUCACCUGCCUGCCCUCCUGCCAUCACACUCCUUCUGAGGACUCCGGAUCUCAGGUCAACCUUUCAACACCAUUCAGCUCCGAUGGAUUCUCGUCACCCCCCUCUCAACGCUCUGUUUUCCCCCACUGCAACUCCAGUCCGUAAAGUUAAUCUCCAACAAGUAGGACAAAGGAUCACCUGCAGCUCAGAGGGGAUCUACCCUCAACCUGAGCUCAUCUGGUCCACCAGCCCUUCAUCCAGCAUCACCAACAACAACACAACAGCCCAUCAGACUGACCAGCAGCUUUACAGCAUCAGCAGUUCUCUGAUACUUCCAAAGAGUGACAUGGAUCUGAAUUACAGCUGUGCAGUCAGCACUCGCAGAAACAGGAAGAGAGCAACCUUCAGGCAACAAGGAUUAGUGACUGGGAGCCAGUCUGAAACAACAAUCCACUGUUCCCCCUCACACACCCCUGUAACAAACCUCAUCUGGAGAUUCGACCACAGUCAGAUCAUCCUGACAAAGACUGACAGUCAGUACACAGUCUCAGAGGAGUGGAAGCAGCAUGUAAAGGAUGUGUCAGAGUCAGGCAGCCUCACACUGCAGGACUUAUCCUCAGAUCAGGAGGGAACAUACACGUGUGAACUCGCUGAUGCUGUGGAGACUAAAAUAACUAAUAUCCUCGUGGAGAUCAAUGAAGUUAAAUUAACAUCAUUAUUUUCCUUUUUGGGGGGUGGGGGGAGUAAGCAUAGCAAAAGCCUGUUAUCUACAAUAUACUGCUCUACCACACUGUUUGCCUCUUUUAAUAAAAUUUUACUGUGAUGAUGA